CGCGUCAGCGUGGGACGGUCCUGCGCGCGGGGAUCGCGGGAGGUGCAGCGGCGGAACGGGAGCGCGCCGGACUGUGUGUCCGCGGCUGGGAGGCGCGUGCGCGCUUUCGCUCCAUGCGAUGGAGAGACAAGAGGCACCUGCGAGCGGAGCGGAGCGCGUGGGGCUGCGAAGCUCCUCUGACUCGCGGGACGAGUGAAUCGGCCGUUCCGUUCGGCGCGUUUUUUUGCGCGCAAUUGCCGGGCGCACAGCGGGGUCUCGGAGCGCCUGGGCGCGUCUCCUCCCCGUUUUACCCGUGUGAAGCGCGUCGUCCGUGUGCAGCCCAGUGCUGUGUCGCGAGAGAGAAAGCGUGGACUUUCGUGGGAUUUUACAGCGAUUCACGCGCAGUGGUCGUGAGGUUUCUGCGCCACUAAGUUUGGAGCUGGAAAUGACAGUAAAUUCUCAGAGAGCCCGGGUUCCUUUCUUCGACGCCGGCUGGAAACAACGGAACACUGUUUAAUAAACUUAUUGUGAAGAAGAAAAAUGCUUUCAACUUUGAUGUAAUUGACUUCUGACUGCUUGGACGAACUGAGCCUGAGGCGAGCAAAAGGCAGAAAAGCUGGAAAAAGGAGGGCGCGCGGAGACCCGUUUCCACGUGACAGUCUGUAUACGAUCGGACGGCGCGAGGAAAUUCGGCAGGUUUCCAGCCCCGAAUGUCCCCUUUUCUACCGUCUCAUCUGUCCUUGUGCGUGAGCUCCUCUGUUUCAUUCAUUGUAACUAUUGAAUUUGUGCUUGACCUGCUUUAUACCUCCAUCCAGAUGUGUUACAUCGGCUGAGAAAGCCAGAGACCCUGCUCGUUUUCAGCAGUCUACUGCAUCCGCUGGCCUGCCGCGCCAUGGCGUCCGUCCUGGACGGCCCCUGUUUGCCGGGACCGGGGGCCGCGGGCGGAAACCUGAGCGUGGGCAGCGGGUCGAGCGGCACCGGUUCUCUCUGCAACCAGAGUGCCCUCAAACUGCCCCCUUACUCCCCGGAAGCCACCGCUGCUUUUGCCACCGCCAUCACCGUCAUGAUGAUCUUCACCAUUUUCGGCAACAUCCUGGUCAUCAUCGCCGUGUUGACGAGCCGCUCGCUGCGUGGACCCCAGAACCUGUUCCUGGUGUCUCUGGCGGCCGCGGACAUCUUGGUGGCCACGCUGGUCAUCCCCUUUUCUUUGGCCAACGAGCUCAUGGGCUACUGGUACUUCCGAGCCGCGUGGUGCGAAAUCUAUCUGGCGCUCGAUGUGCUCUUCUGCACCUCCUCCAUUGUGCACCUCUGCGCCAUCAGCCUGGACCGCUACCUGUCCGUGUCGCAGGCUGUCAAGUACAGCGCUCGGCGCACGCCCGGGCGCAUUAAGGCCGCCAUCCUGGUGGUGUGGCUCAUAUCGGCCGUCAUCUCCUUCCCGCCGCUGCUGUCCAUGAACAAGAGUCAGGAUGGACAGCGCUGCCAGCUGAAUGAUGAGCGCUGGUACAUUCUGUACUCCACCAUCGGCUCCUUCUUUGCCCCCUGCCUCAUUAUGAUCCUAGUCUAUGUGCGCAUCUACCAGAUCGCCAAGCGUCACACGCGCUGCCCGCCCGGCGAGCCCAGGAAGAACGGAAGACUCGCUCCGACGCUGCCGGCGAAGCUUCAGGGACGACAGCGUGGCAGCGGUGACGGUGGCUCAGCGCCUUCCUAUAAGAGGACUGUGCCAAGGCCUCCGAGUCUCUCCGUUCCAGCUCCUCCCGGCACGCGGCAGGCCAAGCCAUCCGUUAACUCGUGCGAUCAGCUCCAGCCGCCGUCUCCUCACGCCGCCCCGACUCCAACUACGACACCUUCCCCGAUUCCGGGCCAUGUACCCGUACUGUCCCCAGCUUCGUCUGUCCUAGAACAACCGCAAGAUGCUUUCGGGCACCAGGAGGGCAAGAGGCCAAGGAGGGCAGAGAACAACAACCGCAACAGCUCUAGUUCAGGAUCUGACAUGGAGAAGGUCAGCGAGCUGGUGGACCAGGGGCCCUCCAGAGCGGCGAGGCUGUCGGGUGGGGGAGUGCUCCCUCCUCCCUCGGCGCAGCAAAGCAGGGACAUGAUCGUAACAUCGAGGGGGACGGUUCUGGUUGCGCAGAGGGUGAGAGCGGAGAGCACGCCCAACACGGCCCGACGGAAGGCCCUCGUCAACCGAGAGAAGAGGCUCACCUUCGUGCUGGCUGUGGUCAUCGGAGUGUUUGUGGUCUGCUGGUUCCCGUUCUUUUUCUCUUACAGCCUGCAGGCCAUCUGCCCCCAGGCCUGCACCCUUCCCGACCCCCUUUUCAAGUUCUUCUUCUGGAUCGGCUACUGCAACAGCUCGCUGAACCCUCUCAUCUAUACCAUCUUCAACAAGGACUUCCGCAGGGCCUUCAAGAAGAUCCUCUACAGAAACAGAAAGGACACGUUCUUCUAAAAGGUGACCCUCCGUUCCAACUUUACCGGCGCUGCCCUCGGCGGCUCUUAAGACCGUAAGUGGGGUAAAAGUUCUCGUUGUACCAGGGUAGUGAGGGCACCGGGUGCCCCUGGGCGCAAGGGCCGUUCCACGAACUGGCUCUCCAGCAAGGCCACCCUGGUGAUGUCAGAAGAGACCCAACAUUGUGUUAUUUUGCUCAGUAAAUUGGGAAUAAAAAAAUGACAGCAGUUAUGAAUUGAGCAAACUUGUGAGUGUCCUACUAGGGAAACAGAUUUCAAUAAUGCAUCCUUUUAUUGAAUUUGGGAAGAAAAUGCAAAGGUUAACCCGGGAUUGUGCUCACGAGCGUCUCGGGUGCGGCAGUACGACUUGUGCGAUGGUACGGAAACGGGCUCUUUGGAGACAACGCGG